AUGUACAAGAGCCAGUACUCUACUGUCUACAAUAAAAGAUGGCAUGCCCAGUCACAGGGGCUUAUAGAGCACAGCAAAGAAAAUGCACAUCACUUCUGUGGGUACUUAACCAGUGGGAAAAUAUUCUUAGUAGGGACCCUGGAAAUAUCAUAUCCCAAGAAGAAAGUAAUUGCAAGCUAUAGUAAAGUAAGCAGAGAAAUACGUGCAAAUCCAAUAGAAAAUGAAUACUAUGAAGAAUGUGCAAAUAAGAGUGCAAUUAGCAACCUGCAGAAGGAAGAAGAAAGAAGCAACAUGCUGGGAUGUCUGCUUGAGAAUACAGAGUACUUCCUUGAGAGCCCAAAUCUAGAAAGAAUCAAGCUGAUAAUUAGCGACGAGACAAGUGAAUAUCUAGUUGAUGGAGUUGUCAUAGGAGUGCUAGGAGAAAAGAAUAAUGAAAAUCACUUUGUGGUAGACACAAUUGUGCACCAGGCUGAUGUAGCAAAAGAGAAUAGAAUUAGCAGGCCUGCCUUGACUAUUUCUAGAAUAGAAAACUCUUCCUUUGAUUAUGCAGAUGGGGCAAACUCACUGCUGCUUUCUGCAAAUGCAAAGAAUAUACAGAAUAUUCCAAAGAGUGUUCCUAUUGUGCUAUUUGACUCUCUGCAGGAAGAUACUUCAGUCUCAAAUCGAGUUGUUUUAGUGCCAACACCCAAGGAUAAUCCAUUGGUUAUGAUUCCGUGGGAUUUAAAUAUGACACCAAAUAACAAGAAGUUUACACAGAAGCACAUAGAAGCAGCACUAAGCCCAUCAGUCAUCAAAGUAGACGGACUUUCUAUAGGAAUUGUAAAUAUAAACAGCAUCGCAAGUAUGCUAAAAUACCACAAUCUGGGCCACUCUGAAGAAAGCUAUUUGAAGGCAAUGAUGAUUCUUCUAAAGAAUAUGCAUCUUUCUCCACUCUCUCCCUACAGCUGCCCUGCAAUGCCUAUGGAAACUGAUCGAUUUAUCAUGCAAACCCUUCCACAUGUUUUAGUGCUAAACUGUGCCUUCAGCAAAGAGCACCAUGUGGUUAUUAACAAUACUCCAGUAAUUCUUGUUCUUCUUAACGAUAUUCCUGUUUACAUAUCGCAAAAAGAGAAAUAG